AUGAAUCAAUAAUAAAUUAAUUUUGAAAGCUAGAAGUUCCUUUGGGAGCAUCAAUUCUUGUUUUCUCCGUCGUCCCAAUCUAACAACCAUGAAUCUUUUCAUUACAUUACAAAUUUGAUCACUCAGAUUCAACACCCACAAAACACAACUAAUUGAUUCUCAAAAGUCCCAAAAUCCCAAACUCAGUGGAUGAGCCUGCCGGCGAACCUGAUCCCCGACCUCGCCAGCCCAGAAUGGAUGAGCAAGGGCGACAACGCGUGGCAGCUGACGGCGGCGACUCUGGUGGGCCUGCAGAGCAUGCCGGGCCUAGUCAUCCUCUACGGCAGCAUUGUCAAAAAGAAAUGGGCCGUGAACUCGGCCUUCAUGGCCUUCUACGCCUUCGCCGCCGUCUUAGUAUGUUGGGUGGGCUGGGCCCACGAGAUGUCUUUCGGCGAUCAUCUCUUACCUUUUUUGGGCCGGCCCAGCCCAGCUCUGGGCAAUAACUACCUUCUCACACAAGCCUUUUUGGGCCAGAUACCGAACGCGAGCAUGGUGUAUUUUCAGUUUGUGUUUGCGGCCUUAACAACGAUUUUGGUGGGUGGGGCCUUGUUGGGCCGGAUGAGCUUUAAGGCAUGGAUGAUGUUCGUGCCUCUUUGGGUUACGCUAUCGUACACGGUGUGUGCGUACAGUUUAUGGUGUCCCGAAGGUUGGCUCUCGAGGCUGGGUGUUAUCGAUUACUCUGGCGGCUUUGUCGUUCACUUAUCUUCUGGUGUCGCUGGUUUCACUGCAGCUUAUUGGGUGGGACCAAGGUGGACCAAGGACAGGCAGAGGUUUCCGCCGAACAACCUGCUGUUGAUGUUGGCAGGAGCAGGGCUGCUGUGGAUGGGGUGGACAGGAUUCAACGGUGGAGAUCCGUACAGCGUGAGUGCCGAUGCAUCUCUAGCCGUCCUUAACACCCACGUGUGUACAGCCACCAGCCUGCUGACGUGGCUGCUGCUUGAUAUUAUUUUCUUUGGGAAGCCUUCUGUGAUUGGAGCCACUCAGGGAAUGAUCACUGGCCUUGUUUGCAUCACCCCUGCUGCAGGAGUGGUACAAGGGUGGGCAGCCAUCAUAAUCGGAAUGAUGGGAGGAAGCAUCCCAUGGUACACCAUGAUGAUCCUCCACAGAGAAAUAAAUCUCCUCAACCAAAUCGACGACACCAUGGCAGUCUUCCACACCCACGCCGUCGCCGGCUCCCUCGGCGGCAUUCUCACCGGCCUAUUCGCCGAGCCCAAGCUCAGCCGACUCUUCUACUCCACUGACAAAUGGCCACGCUAUAUCGGACUCUUCUACGGCCUCCAAACCCGCCAGUACAAGGCCGGGUUCCGACAACUCGGCGUCCAACUUCUGGGCAUAAUUUUUGUCGUUUUUCUAAACAUCGUUGCCACCAGUGUUGUGUGUUUGAUUAUUAGAUUGGUUGUUCCGCUUAAGCUUGCGGAUGAUGUGUUACAAACUGGGGACGAUGCCAUUCAUGGAGAAGAGGCUUAUGCUUUGUGGGGUGAUGGUGAUAAGUAUAGCUCUGUUCACGCCGUCAAUGACCUUCCUCCGCCGCAGGAACCGGUGCCGGUGACCGAAACUAGGAUUGAAGGUCAGACUCAAACGUCAUAAAUUUCUUCUUUUCUUAAUUAUUGUAGAAAACUAAAUGUGGGGAUGUGUUGUUUAUGUUUCAUUGUUUUUAAAAUUAUUUAGUAUUGUUUUUUUUAAAUUGACCUAAAAAUAAAAAUAGAGAAGUUAGAAUCAUAUAUCAAAUGAUCAUAUUCAAAAUAAAGAUGUGUAACAUUUUUUUGU